AUGGCAUCAGGUCUUGACUCAAGUGCAUAUUUCACAGAGCGCCUGGCCAAGGUCGGAUUGUCAACCGAGCUCCAAGAGGCUCUGCUGGGGUCAGGAUACCAGACUUUUGGCUCCCUUGCUUUUGCAGUCUCCUCUACACCUGGGAGUGUCAGUGAUGAAGCUGUAAUCCGAUGGGUCAGGGGUCUCAUGGACCCUCUGCCGAGCGAUCACCAGAUGUCGGUGAUCAGGAGGCUUCUCUUCGAGGCUCAAUUGAUGUCAAUUGCUGAACUGCGUGACCGUGUCAAUGCCGCUCCUGGCGAUGCACCCACGAAGAAGCUGCCGACGGUGGAGCGCGCCGAGAGGCUCAAGGCGCUGAGACGCAAGCUCCCGGGGCUGAUCUUGACUCCCGAGACAAUCCCAGCAAACCGGUUGGUUGACAACUACGUGGAUCAAUUGGAGACGGGUGUCCUCUCCUAUGUCAGGGCAGAUCACUGCAUAAGCCGAGCCCAGGAGAUGGAUUCAGUGAAGCGUGAGCCGUCCUUGCACAUACAAGGUAACGAGGUGAAACUAGCUACCAAGAGUGCAGAGCUUCGGUGCACAGUGAGCACGGACCUCCAGCUCCGGCAGGCCUGGAAUCGCAGAUCGCUUGCAAUGGAGCUGGCUGACCUGGGUCCAAAGCCUGUUUGUCCUCGCUGCUGGGGAAAGACUCAGAAUGCCGGCGCGGACAACAAAGAGCCUCGCUUCUCCCUGCCAGAGGGGUGCGUGGCCAAAAACGAGGCUACGAACCGUGUGGUGUCGGGAGCCGAGCCUCCCUCCAUGCUGCAGUUUUCGGGCGACCCCGCCCCCAAUUCGCUUACCGAUGCAGAGAGUUUUGCUCGUGAGCUUCUAGCUCAGCCUAAGAUUUCGGCCGAAGCCGUUGUGAAGCUGGCUGAAAUGCUGCCCCACGAUUCUUCUCAGCGUCCCUCAAGCGGUGAAGGUGCUUUCCUUUUCAGCAGUGGUGCAUAUGUUUUGGGUGGCAUCAACGGCCUUUUUGGUAACGCCACCCGCCCGCAGCGCUACGGCGAGUUGCAUGCCACUCAGGACCACGUCGUCUUCGACCCGACCGCCUACCACUGCACCCGCCCCGGCACCAACGGCCCCAGGGUCGUGCUCGCUGCGUACACCGUACGAGAUUGUGGUGACAGGGCGAAGUUGUUGUCUCUGGGUUUCCCCCUCGAGCCAUCCGCCGCCGCAUCAGCGUCUUCCCAUGCGGUUUUGGAUAAGUCUAGUUCCUUGACCUCUUUCGGGUCCCCUAAGGCAACCCCUACACCCGAGCCACCGCUUGUUUUGGAGAUCUUUGCAGGGGCUGCACAGUUGACUCGUUGCCUCCUGGACGAUGGUUUUGCGGCCCUUGCGUUCGACCAUUUUGUCGCUCGACCGUGUGCGCCCGUAUGCAAGUUGGAUCUCCUGUCCCAGUCAGGUGCCAGUGUGUUUUGGGAUAUCCUUGCCAAGACGAAACCGUUCGCUGUGCAUCUCGCACCCCCACGGCCUGCGUCCCUUUCUGCAGAUAAAAGCAUCUCGCCGAUGCACCAGUUCUGUUUUGACGUCAUGACAUGGUGUCUUCAGAAAGAUGUCUUGAUUUGCUGCGAAAACCCUGAUCGCAGCAGCCUCUGGCCCGCCCUGACCACCCUGUCCAGCCGGUGCCUCAGCUCUCGUGACAAGGCUGCCUGGAAAAGCUUGCAGAAUCUUCAGCUGCACAUGUGUAUGCAUGGUGGCAACAAGCGCCACUUAGUCCGCCUGCUCUGCAGCCCCGGCCUUUUCUCGUCUUUGGCAGGCUUUUCUGCCAGCGUUACAGCCAGUGCCUUCGUUCUUCUGCUUCGCGGCUCGGCCUCCCCCUUGGCCAACCACCUCGCCUCAAAGAAGCCAGCACUGCCGUCCUGGGCCGCCAAUCGAAGCGUCACGCUGCUCUUGAAGCUUGCCAUUGCCAAAGCCGAGAUUCUUAUGAAGCAGCUGGCCCCGAAAGAGAAGCUGAGGCAUGACAAGCUCCCUGAACACAUGAAUGGGGUUCUGGCAAGCAAAAAUAUCUCUUUGUUUGAGGCACUGCUUCGCAAGUACGACUUUUGGGAUAUGGGAGUUGUUAGCAUCCUUGAAGAGGGGGUCAACCUUAUAGGUUUCCAGGAAACCCCAGAUUGUUACCCACGCAAAGUGGUGCCGGCCACAAUCUCCCCGGAGGAGUUCCGUAGCUCUGCUGUGUGGCGGAGGAAAUGCUUGACCGGCUCCGCUGUUCGCGAGACCGAUGCUGCACAGCUGGCCCACUUGCAAAAGGCGUGCGCUAAAGAAAUGGAGCUGGGCUUCAUGUUAGGCCCGUACUCCGAAGAUCAGGUAACCCGGCACUUUGGACACUCGAGUUGGUCAUGCAUACGCCGCUUUGUACUUGAGCAGAAGCGCGGCAAGCUUAGACCCAUCGACGAUGCCAAGGCUGCCAAGGAGGGUCUGAUCAACAAAGUCAGAGUCAAGAGCCGAGCCAAGCGCACCUACCCGUUCGGAGUCUUCAUUGGCGCUCUUUUCUUGGAACUGGCAAGUGCUUUUAACAUGCAGAGCCUCCGUUUCAAUCAUGCAGUACCCGGCCACGUGUUGCACAUCAAAGUGUUUGGCAAGGGACUCGGAUGGAUUGAGAUUGUCAACGUGUAUCAACAUGCAUGCGGCUCGCAGAGCACACAGUCCGCCGUCGAGGCCAAACGGGCGAUCAUUUGGAACAAGGUGAGAGCCACCCUGGGCCAGAUUCCACAAGGCAGCACGCUGGCAUUGUGUGGAGACUUCAACACCACCAUUACGAAGCGCCUCCCCUUUACAGGUUCGGGCAUGCUGCGCAAGUCGCAGCCUUCAGCGGAUGCCGACGCCCUAGAAGAGAUCCAGUCCGACUUUGAUUGCAUUGCUGUCAACACCUUCGGCAGGGUCGACUCCUACACCUACAUACACGAAGGAUAUGCCGAGGCCAGGCGCUCUUUCGUUGACUUUGUCUUCCUUCGCAGGCGGAAGCACAGGCUGCGCAAAGCUACUUUGCUCCGAAACUUUGAGGUGGGCAGAUGGCGACAAGGCGGACGGCAUCUUCCGGUUCGGGUGGACUUCACGCUGCGGCCCUACCAUACUGCGCCACCUUCUGCUAGUGCAGCUGCUGAUUGGCCGGCAUGGAAAUGCAGACUCCUCUCACAGGCCAUCAAGGAAGCCCCGGAGCUAGCAGAGCAGUUUCAGCAGAGGGUUGCGGCGACGCUGGCCAAGGUCGAUGCCUACCAGCCUAAUGCUCUCAACAAAGUGCUGCUUGAUGCCGGCAAACAGGUUUUUCAGAUCAAGCGGCCCAGCUGCUUGCAGGCGCCAGCCGCAAACCCAGAUCACGUAGGCGCCAUCAGAUAG